AUGAAUGAAAAAAUGAAUGAAGUUUUUAUGUCAUACAAUGAAAUGAUACAAGACAAUGAAUGUGAGAGCAGUGAUGAGUCAUACAAAGACGUGAAUCAAUUUUUGGAAAAUUCUGGUGAAUCCAAUUUCCAAUAUUCAAAUCAAAGUCAAAAUUCAAGUAUUGCCACCUCACAUUCUACAGAUGGCAAAAACAUCCCUAUUUGUUCCUACGUCAGUAACAACUUCACCUCGAAAAGAGAAAAUAAAUAUAAAAAAUACUACACAGCUAGCUACAUAAAUAAUAUGAACAGUGCUGAGAGUUUCCCGUUUAAAGACUAUGGAUGUGUACCCUCAACCAGGGAUAAAACAAAAAUAGUGAAGAAUUUUCACUGGAAACCCUUAGGAAAAAAUGUUCCCCAAAUUGAUAAGAUAAACUUGUCCUACAAAAGGGCUUGGGAUAUAGGCAAAGCGGGCUGUAAUGGGUUACUUAUUAAGAACCUUUUCGAAAGUUAUAAAAAAAAAAAACUCAAUUACAUGGUUUUAGAUGGCACAAAUAUAGAAAUUUUUUUAACAGUGUAUUCUCACUCAUACCAGGAGGCAAUAAGAGGAGUAACACCAAGUGUGUUAAGAACGUUCAGUUUCUACGAUCUGGAGAAUGCAUACUUUAUUUAUGAUGUUAAGAGCAUACAGAUAUUCAGGAAAAUAAAGGAAAAAGAUAAAGAGAAAAAAAGUGUGAUGUUAAGAGGUUUAAAUGAUAAUUUCUUUAACGCUAUAUUAGUAUGUAUGUACGAAAUAGCAGCUUAUUUAAAUUUUGUCAAUUCGGAAAAUAUCAAGAUGAAUAAACAUAGUUCCGAAAAAAAAAAAAAAAAAAAUGAAAAACAAAACGAGACAACUUACUACGUUAAAUCAGUUAGGAAUAAACACAAUGCAUAUAACAGGAACAUAAAAGAUGUGAUAUCUCUUAACAGAAAAAAAAAAAUAAUGAAUAAUGCAUUAAUAAAUGGUGCCUCAAUAAAUAAUGCAUUAAUAAAUGGUGCCACCAUAAAUGCAGCUUCUAUUAAGGAAGAAAUGGGAAAGAGGGGAAAAAAGGAUUUUCCCAAAAUUUGCAAAAAUAUUAACACUAGUAAAAUAUAUAAAACUUCGAACACCGUUUUAGCAUCCAAUAAUAAUGAGGAAUUUGGUUAUGAGUAUAUAAAAGACAUAAUAAAAAAAGAAGAAAAAGAAUUAUACGAGACAGAUAAAAUGUACAAUAAUAGCAAUGAUGAGUACUCAUCCCAUACGUCCGAUAGCAUGCAAUAG